AUGUGCGGCCACGUUAUGCGCGGUCGCUUCACCGCUCACUGCUCUGAGUGUGGCAUCGACUACACAACGGCCUGGCCUUAUCAGACCCGCGUUUGCGUCCUGGUUCUCAUCACUCUAGCCUUCAUGUGGAUGCAUCCGGUCAUCGCCAAUACCGUCAAACGCGCCAUCUGGAUGGUGGUCAAGCCCCUUGCCAUCCUUAUCGGCUGGGCCUCUGUCGCAGUUGUUUGCUUCCUCAUCUUCCUCUUCAUCGACGGACCCAAGAUGAUUGCUAUCCUCCUCACCCCCGACAGUCGAGAAAAUGUUAACAUCCUUGGUGUCGACGUCGAGAACAACACCAAGCUCAACACCAUCUGGAGCCACCUCCACAACGACGAGGACCAGAUUAUCCCUGGCGGCGUCUUCGACAAGAAGUAUAAGCCCUUCCUCCCUUCCCGCAACCUGAAGCUGUCUGGUCCUCGACAGCAGAAGGCGCUCACUCGCAAGCGUGGCGUCUCCUGCUAA